UGCAAAGUGUGUGUAUGUGAAUGAAUGAUUCGAAAAUAAGUUUAAAAAAAUACCACGCCGCCAUCUUGAAAGCGUAACUGUUGUCAUGUUUACGUUGUGUGUGAAAGGUGAAAUUUAUAGUUUUUGACGAAGUAUUUAGAAAGAAUUGAUGUAACUCUUAGCCGCUUUCGGUAAUCUAUCACAAUGUUUUACGCACAUUUUGUGCUGGCCAAGAAAGGCCCCUUGGCCAAAAUUUGGCUGGCGGCACAUUGGGACAAGAAACUCACUAAGGCCCAUGUUUUUGAGACUAAUAUUGAGAAGUCAGUUGAUGGCAUCUUGAAACCUAAAGUAAAGAUGGCUUUGCGAACCUCUGGCCAUCUGUUAUUGGGAGUCGUGAGGAUUUACUCAAGAAAGGCAAAGUAUUUAUUGCAAGAUUGUAAUGAAGCCUUUGUCAAGAUCAAGAUGGCUUUCCGUCCGGGUAUGGUGGACUUGCCAGAGGAGCACAGAGAGGCGGCCAUGAACGCCAUCACUCUGCCUGAGGUGUUCCAUGACUUUGACACGGCAAUGCCAGAACUAAAUGAGGUGGACAUUGAGGCUCAGUUCUCCCUGAACCAGUCCAGGGCUGAGGAGAUCACAAUGCGUGAGGACUACGGCUCCCUGAACCUGGUCACACAUGACGAUGGCUUUGGAGACAUGGGUUUUGACACCGACCAACCUGAUAUCAUGCGAGAAGCCAUUGGCAAUGAAGGAGCAUUGGAGCAGAGUAACCUGCUGUUCGGAGACGGGUCGUCGAUCGCCAUCCAGCUGGGCAAGGAGGCGGGCGUGGCGGGCGCCAGCGCCGGCGCGCCCGCGCUGGCGACGCCGGCGCACGAGCGCCGCAUGGAAGCGGCGCCGCACGGCUCUAUGGACGACGGCUUUGGCGGCACUAUCGGCGAUGUGCCCGACUUUGGACACGCGGGCGGUCUGUUCGAGGGCGAUCUGUUCGGGGAAGUGGGCGGCGCGGCCGCGCAGGUGGCGCACAAGCUGUGCGCAGACAUCACGCCGCAACAGUCGCUGCAGGCUGAGAUAGAAGCGGCUGGCGUGAGUGGCGGCGGGGACGAGGCGGCGGCCGACGCUCCGGACUCGGACGACGACAUGGGCGACCAUUACGACGCUGGACACUCGCCGCAACACAGCUGGGGCGGGUCCCCCGCGCGCACGGACCUGUUGCUGCCGGAGCCCCCUCCGGACCUCAUGCCGCCGCCCGCUGCACUCGCACCUAUGGAAGUAGACGGCAUAACGGAAGCGGAGCCGCGCGCAGCGACGCCGGCGACCGCGGCCGCGCCGGCGCUGGACAACACCACCUUGCUGCACAACGAGGAGGAAUCCUUCGCUCUGGCGCCCGUCGACGCCACUGUACUCAGAGGCAUAACAAAAACAAAACGCAAGCGCAAACUCAUAGUGGACGAAGUGAAGAACAUAUCCGGUGAAGAAAUGAAGAACCAACUCAGCAACACGUCCGACAUCGUGACGACGUUGGACCUGGCGCCGCCGACCCGGAGGCUCAUGCACUGGAAGGAAACUGGCGGAGUCGAAAAGCUGUUCACGUUGCCGGCCAGGCCUAUUCCUUCCCGAGUACUGUUUAAGAAAUACCAGCGCAAUAUGACGCUGCGGACGGAGGCUGAAGAAUCAGAACACCCGCGAUCGCCCGAGCCCGCCGAGCCUGUGCGCCGCGCGGGCCGCAAGCGCCGGCACGAGGAGUCUAUACACCCGCCGGAGACGCCGGCGCCGGAGCUGGAGCCGCCGACGCCGGUGCCGCAGGAAUAUGAACCUUCAGUCGAAUCGGAGCGGACGGAGGGCUUCCAGACUCCGCGGUCGGAGUGCGACGAUCCACAGACGCCAGGAGGCAUGUUAAGUUCGCUGGGGCCUCCGCUAACGCCGGGUGUGUUGGGCCCGCUGACCCCGGGCACACUGCUGCAGGGGGGUCUCACGCCAGCUGGCCUGCAACACGGGGGCAUGACGCCGGGUGGUCUACAACACGGCGGCAUGACCCCGGGCGGGCUGCAGCACGGAGACCUGGGCGGGCUCACCCCGCACGGGCUACACCACGGCGGCAUGACCCCAGGCGGCAUGACCCCGAGCCUGGGCCUGGAGGGCGGCAUGACCCCCGCCGGGCUCACACACGGGGGACUCACGCCAGGCGGGCUAGACCACGGUGGUAUGACGCCGGCGGGUCUGGCCCACGGCGGUAUGACCCCAGCUGGGCUGGGGCACGGAGGCAUGACCCCCGUGGGGUUACAACAUGGCGGUAUGACUCCCGCGGGUCUACAACAUGGGGGCAUGACCCCCGUCGGUCUCUCCCACGGGGGCAUGACACCCGCGGGGCUGUCGCACGGUGGCAUGACACCCUCUGGUCUGCAGCACGGCGCGGUGCUGCACGCGCUGCCGCUGCCGAUGCUGCCGCAGCUGGGCGCGGGCCCGGCCUCGUUGCUGCGCUCUGCGCCCGCGCACGCGCCCUCCGUCGAGCUGCUGCAGCCCGACAUGGACCAGCCCGACUACCAGACUGGCAUGCAGAUGACAAAUUUAGGUUACGACGACCCGCAGGGCCACCAUAGUCCGCAACACGACUACGACCUACCACCCACGCCAGAAAAUGCGUCGGAGGCCUCGCGCGAGGCGGGCGAGACAGACGAGCAGUUCUCGGAGCGCGCGCUGAACAGACGCGCGGCGCAGCUGCUGGCCGCCGUGCGGCCGCGGCUGCCGCCCGGCCUCGCGCUCUGCUUCGCCGACCUCGCGCCGCCUCACAACAACAGGAAGCAGGUUGCACAGAAAUUCUACAGUUUAUUAGUUCUUAAGAAGCAUCAAGUUUUGAAAGUAGAGCAAGACGAGACAUACGGACCCAUCACGAUCUCGCGGGGCAGCCAAUUCGAAACGGAAGCUAUCUAAAUUAUAUUUAUAUUAGCUGUAAUUUAUCUGCUUUGUGAGCUUAGUCUCAGCUCUGCUCACAAAACAUACAGAGGAAAUAUCAACUUAGUUAUAGUAUGAGAGUAUGUGAAUGUAUUUGUAUUGUUAUUUAGAUAUUUGUCCCUUUGUAGACAUACUUUUACGAACUGUUUUUCAAUAUAGCUUGUCUGCAAUGAAACAAAUAUCUAACGGGACUAGGUCGAGCCAAAAAUAAUGUGUAAGUACCUUUUGACUCGAGUUAUGGAAACUUUCAUAAUUAAAUUUUGGACCAAAUAAUAUUACGAGUGAUGAUCUCAUGAAAUACAGUUUGCAUUGAUUUCGGCCGGCAUUUAGUUUCUAAAACUCGAUCCAAAAGCGGAUGUUUGGUACAGAAGUAAUGUUUGGUUGAGGAAACCUGUAGGAAAAUGCCUUAUUUUGUUUUGCUGUAGGUUAAGUGGGAUCAUUAUAUUGAGUAGCGUUGAAUUUGCCUUACACUCACCUGACUUAUUUUGCUGAACAACAACCAGAUAUACAGCAGUGAUUGUUAUUUCCAAAUAUUGAAAUAGAGAAAGUUCUAUAUUAUUGUAUAAACGUUAGAAUAGGUUCUUGUUUGAAGUUAUCAGGUAAUAUAGUAUUGCUAUAUUGUUGACUUUCCAUUUUGUAUCCCAAAAUUAUGUAAGUGAAUAUUGAUAAGAGAAAUUAUGUUAUGAUUUUUACUUAUUUAUAAUUUAUAAAUUAUAAAUAUUCUUCUCAAGGAAGUGUAGACAUUCAAUCAUAUAUUUUGUUGUGCCUGUUAAAUUUAUUUCUGUUUACAACAUGUAACAUUAUACAACCGUAUUUCAAUGUAAAUUUAUUCUAGAUAUGUGAUAAUGUAAAAUAGAAUUCAUGUUAACGUUUAGUUAGCUGACCUAGCAAAUUAAAUUAUGGUACAAGAGUAAAUUAAAAUGUAGAAGUAUGUUUGACACCAAAUAAGAGAGGAUUCUAACGUUAUAAUAGUAAGAUACAGCAGAAGAUUAAGUAUAUUUACUAAAUUUUUUACUUAUUGGAUAGGUGGUGUGAGAAUGACUGGUUUUUACGUUUCUUUGAGAAAAUUACUUUGUGUGUUAUCCGAAUCUUAAAGUGAAUACAAUCCAAACCAUGGCUGGAAUGUAUUCACUUUGAUGUUACAGAGUCAAUAUUGUGAAAAGAUAAAAAAGCAUUAAGAAUGCCUGGAUUUGUAUGUGACAUUUUUUAAAACAAAAUUUAAGAGCUUGCUUCUAUCAAACUUAAGUUUCGGUUCGGUAGAAGUAUUCACUUAAAUGCUUUUAUUUCAUUUAACCAUAUUUGCAAUAAAUAAAUUUGUUGAGAAUAAACAAA